AUGCGUCUACUCUGUGGAACUGUAGCGGCUUUAGCGUUUCUAACCAUGGCGAGUCACGUGCUGGCGGCGGACAAAAAGAACACAAAGAAACUGCAGAUUGGUGUAAAGAAGAGGGUAGAAAACUGCGCUACACGAUCCAAGAGUGGCGAUACCUUGCACAUGCACUACACAGUGAGUGAGAAUACAAAAUUGUUGUGUUUUGAAAUCCUACUGAAAUCCUACUGCAGCAACCUCAGUCUUAAAUAUAACUGUUUUACUGUCAGUAUCUCAACCCUGAGGUAAAUGGGAAGCCUCAAUGUACAAGCCCCGUGGUUUUCUUUUCAGGCUGCCCUGCGAUAGAAAAUCUGUAAUUUUCCCCUUAGUGGUAAUGUGAAAUAGGGUCCUAAAAUAUUAUAUUACUAAAAGGUAAAGCUCAAAACCUUGAAUUCAUAAAAUGGUACCUGUUCUUAUCCCUUAAAGUCCCAAGUGACCGACAUCAAUUUUCUCGUAACAACAUCAAUACGUAAUUAAAGUAAAAGUUUAUGAGAAUGAAUAAAAUGAUCUCCUAAGGGAAAAUACUUUGAUCGUUGAACAAAUUGUCACAACUAGUUCUGUAAGGAAAUGUAUGGAGAUCAGUUUGGAGAAUUUGUUUGUGGAUAAUGGGGCUUAAAGGGUUAUUAAUCAUAACUAUAACAAAAUCUCAAAUCUGAUUGGCUAUCAACUGUCCUGAUUUCCAUUCUAAAUAUUGUAUGAAGAGAAAAUAUUAUGAGCUCUUCAUCGGGACAAACAAAGCUUUUCAGCUAUUUUUUAGACUCUGAGUAUUGGUCCGGCUCUAUAUAUUAAGGCUGUCAGCACAAGAAUAGGUGUUGGAGAGCAAUGAUGGUUUAAGUAUAGUUUCCUGUCAUUUUGGCUCUCCAUGGAAAAGGGGUAUGUUUGAGGAUGCCAUCUUUAACUGUAACAUUUGAGAUUAGGACAAUAAUUAGUACACUGUUUUAUCUAUAAAAGACAAAUUCCAACACUUCUUCCCAAAGGAUUGCAAAGUUUUUCUUUUGUCUUCAUCAUUGGUCUUUGAUGUCUCAUUUCAAGGUACAAGUUCAUUUGCAUUUUGGAGAUGCAAGCUGGUUAACUUGUUAAAAUUGAUAAUAAAAAAUUAAGGUAUUACCACUAUGUUUGGAUAUAGUAUAUGAUAUGACCAGCUGUCUGCUGAUUCACAGGGAACGUUAGAUGAUGGAACACAGUUUGACAGUAGUAUUCCACGUGGGGAACCUUUUGUAUUCACACUAGGUGUAGGACAAGUAAUUAAAGGUGGGUGUACCAGUUACCAGCUGAACUCUUAAUCAACCCAGCUAUAAGUGACUCGUGGGUGGUCAGAGGACUUUGCAUCUUUUGAGUAGACUGGCCUACACCAGUCAAGGUAGUGCCCUAGCGGUGCUAGUUGGCCCCUGGCACCUUACUUUUGCUCCUAGGCGACUUUUUUGUAGAAACCAUAUGUAGGGCACCCUGGAUUUCACAGGUUCAGAGCACUGCGCUCCUUCAAUUUUUCUUAGGGCACAGCUUUGCCAGUCAAAACAGCACAUUAAAUUACCUGCAUCUGGCAGGCUCCAUUAAAAAAUGUUGUGAACACUUUAAUACAACCAACCACCCAAUACACCGAAAACUGAAACAGAUAUAAUAAUACAUCAGUACAAUAAGAGUACUCAGAAUAAACUCUUUUGAAUAUUAAUUGGCUGUAGUCUCCUCUGAUCUCCCUCUCUCUGUAAAGUUAAAUGAUUGUUUUAAAACUUUCAAGGUGAUGAUAGAUAUUUUUCUGGGAUCACACAUUUUUAACUGUUUUCUGGGUUUUGUAGGUUGGGAUCAAGGUCUUCUAAAGUAAGUAACCAGAGUUUGCAAAUCUAUACAAAAUAUUACUAUUGUAUGUUAGGUUGCUUGCUGAUAAAUGAGCAGCAAAAUGACUUUCACAUUCUUGAAAUGAUGUCUCAAGAACUCAUGUUUUAUUUUUUCUACUGACUUGUUUCAAGUGCACUUGCAGUGUAUUUAGUACAUAUAACUUACAUUUUGUUUAUUUUUUUUGUUAAAGUAAGUGUAUAUUUCGUAGAGUUUAAUAAACUGAUAUCUAUUCAACUAUUCUAUUUUAUUCUGUUUAGUCAUGCCAUACUGUCUCUAAAAUAACUGCAAAAGCGUCAGUGUAGUGUUCAUAAUCUUCUAUUUUUUUUUCUGUUGAUAGCAUGUGUGAGGGAGAGAAGAGGAAGCUUGUUAUCCCAUCAGAUCUUGGUAAGUUUUUACUGACAGUAAUUUCCCUCUAACAAUAUAUUACAGGGUUCAUACAGGUCAUCAUGAAAAACCUGGAAAGUCAUGGGAUUUAAGCAUUUCAUUUUCCAGGCCUGGAAAGUGAUGGAAUUUAAUUUUUGGUCCUGAAAGGUCAUGGAAAAUUUAAGUUUUGUUUGAUAGAUGAGUUACUGCAGAUGACAAGGCAAGGAUAAUGUAAGAUAAGGAGGAGUAAUUAACCAGUGCAAGCGGCACACAUUUUGGUGGACACCAGAGUUUGUGUCUGUUGAACUGUUUAAGGUGCAAAAAUUCCCUAAAACAAGGAACAUUUUUAAAAUGAAAGUUCGAAAGUGACAGCUAAACCUAAGGUCUUGGAAAACUUAAAAAGGUCAUGGAAAAAGUAAUGGAAAGUCAUGGAAUUUCAAGAGCUCAAAAGAGUACAACCCUGUGUUACUCACUAUGUUCAUAACUAUAACAAACUUCUCAAAUCUGAUUGGUUAUCAACUGUCCUAAUUUGAUUAAUGAGCAUGCGCUGAACUGUGAACCUGUCCCUUUAACUGUGUUGUACAUUUACAUGACUGUAUACUUUUUUUUUUAGGCAAAUCUUUGUUUACACUUUUUGCCUCAUUAACAUAUGCUUAUCACUAUCUGAUGACACUAAUAAAAUAAAGACUCUGAACAUUGAAAGGGCACAACGGUGUCAGUUAUCUGUGAAAAUUUGUGCCCAAUACACCGAAUGGUUCUGGAGAAAUUCUCUUCUAAAAACUUGAAAUUUUACAGAGAAUGUAUGGCUUGCUAACUUUUUUGCCACCCAGCAAUUUCACAGUUUUUGAUGGCUGAUACUUCCUUCAAUAUUGUUUGCAAGGAGCUGCAAAUUGUGCAAAUUGCUCAACUUAAUCAGCUGUUUCAACUUUUGCAUUUACUUCAUAUGUACGGCCACAGCAGCUGGCGGCGGACAAAAAGAACACAAAGAAACUGCAGAUUGGUGUAAAGAAGAGGGUAGAAAACUGCGCUACACGAUCCAAGAGUGGCGAUACCUUGCACAUGCACUACACAGUGAGUGAGAAUACAAAAUGGUUGUGUUUUGAAAUCCUACUGAAAUCCUACCGCAGUAGCCUCAGUCUUAAAUAUAAAUGUUUUAUUGUCAGUAUCUCAACCCUGAGGUACAAUGUAAAUGGAGCCUGAAUGUACAAGCCCCGUGGUUUUCUUUGCAGGCUGCCCUGCGAUAGGAAAUCUGUAAUUUUCCCCUUGGUGGUAAUGUGAAAUAGGGUCCUGAAAUGUUAUAUUACUAAAAGGUAAAGUUCAAAACCUUGAAUUCAUAAAAUGGUACCUGUAUUUUCUUAUCCCUUAAAGUCCCAAGUGACCAACAUCAAUUUUCUCGUAACAACAUCAAUUCAUAAUUAAAAUAAAAGUUUAUGAGAAUGAAUAAAAUGAUCUCCUAAGGGAAAAUGCUUUGACCUUUGAACAAAUUCUCUCAACUAGUUCUUUAAGGAAAUGUAUGGAGAUCAGUUUGGAGAAUUUGUAAGUGGAUAUUGGGGCUUUAAAGGGUUAUUAAUCAUAACUAUAACAAAACCUCAAAUCUGCUUGGCUAUCAACUGUCCUGAUUUCCAUUCUUAAUAUUUUCUGGAGAUAAAAUAUUAUGAGCUCUUUAUCAGGACAAACAAAACUUUUCAGCUAUUUUUUAGACUCUGAGUAUUGGUCUGGCUCUAUAUAUUAAGGCUGUCAGCACAAGAAUGGGUGUUGGAGAGCAAUAAUGGUUUAAGUAUAGUUUCCUGUCUUUUUGGCUGUCCAUAGAAAAGGAGUAUGUUUGAGGAUGCCAUCUUCAACUAUAACAUUUGACAUUAGGACAGUAAUUAUUAUUAGUACUUAACACUAUUUUAUGUAAUAUAUUAUCUAUAAAAGACUAAUCUGAGAUCAGGCUCUAUUUUCGUUUCGCUCUGGCAGGCAAGAGAGAAUGUAUGAGAACCGCUCAAAUUGGGCCUGAUCUCAGGUUAAUAAAAGACAAUUUCCAACACUUCUUCUUCCCAAAGGACUGCAAAGUUAGUUUUUCUUUUGUCUUCAUCAUCAGUCUUUGAUGUCUCAUUUCAAGGUACAAGUUCAUUUGCUUCUUGCAGAUGCAAGCUAGUUAACUGGUUAAAUUGAAAAAAAUUAAGGUAUUAUUUGCCACCAUGUUUGGAUAUAGUAUAUGAUAUGACCAGCUGUCUACUAAUUCACAGGGAACAUUAGAUGAUGGAACACAGUUUGACAGUAGCAUUCCACGUGGGGAACCUUUUGUAUUCACACUAGGUGUAGGACAAGUAAUUAAAGGUGAGUGUCAAAUUUACAAGUAUUUACAUUAUGAGUCUGAUUGCACAUGAUUGCAGAACUUUUUGAUUUAAAUGUCCUCACCCCCAAGAAAAGUUAUUUCAGUGAAGAUUAUUUACAUCUGAAGUAGAUAAAGCCUGUGAGAGUAGAUGCCUUUUUUGGCUCUUGUUUUACCUAGAAGAGCCAAAAAAGACAUCCUCUCUCGUAGGCUAAAGUGUAGACUGUACGGUACAAGCAGAAAUACUCAGAAUAAAAAAUCUGUAACCGCCAGCAGGAUUUGAACCCACAACCUACCAGUCACCGGCUGAACUCUUAAUCAACCCAGCUAUAGGUGACUCGUGGAUGGUCAGAGGACUUUGCAUCUUUUGAGUACACUGGCCGACACCAGUCCAGGCAGUACCCUAGCAGUGCUGUAGAAACCAUAUGCAGGGCACCCUGGAUUUCACAGGUUCAGAGCACCAGGCUCCUUCAAUUUUUCUUAGGGCACAGCUGUGCCAGUCAAAACAGCACACUAAACUACCCUGCAUCUGGCAGGCACCAUUAAAAAAUGUUGUGUACACUUUAAUACAACCAACCACCCAAUACACUGAAAACUGAUACAGAUAUAAUUACAUACAGUACAAUACGAGUACUCAGAGUAAACCCUUUUGAAUAUUAAUUGGCUGUAGAGUCUCCUCUGAUCUCCCUCUCUUUGUAAAGUUAAAUAAUUGUUUUAAAACUUUCAAUGUGACGAUUGAUAUUUUUCUGGGAUCACACAUUUUUAAUGGUUUUCUGGGUUUUGUAGGUUGGGAUCAAGGUCUUCUAAAGUAAGUAAUGAGUGUUUGCAAAAUGUAUACAAAAUAUUAUUAUUGUAUUUUAGGUCGCUUGCUGAUAAAUGAGCAGCAAAAUGACUUUCACAUUCUUGAAACGAUGCCUCAAGAGCUCAUGUUUUAUUUUUUCUACUGACUUGUUUCAAGUACACUUUGCAGUGUAUUUAGUACAUAUAACUUACAUUUUGUUUAUUUUUUUUGUUUAAGUAAGUGUAUAUUUCGUAGAGUUUAAUAAACUGAUAUCUAUUCAACUAUUCUAUUUUAUUCUGUUUAGUCAUGCCAUACUGUCUCUAAAAUAACUGCAAAAGCGUCAGUGUAGUGUUCAUAAUCUUCUGACUAUUUUUUUUUUUCUGUUGAUAGCAUGUGUGAGGGAGAGAAGAGGAAGCUUGUUAUCCCAUCAGAUCUUGGUAAGUUUUUACUGACAGUAAUUUCCCUCUAACAAUAUAUUACAGGGUUCAUACAGGUCAUCAUAAAAAACCUGGAAAGUCAUGGGAUUUAAGCAUUUGAUUUUCCAGGCCUGGAAAGUGAGGGAAUUUAAUUGUUGGUCCUGGAAGGUCAUGGAAAUUUUAAGUUUUGUUUGAUAGAUAAGUUACUGCAUAUGACAAGGCAAGGACAAUGUAAGAUAAAGAGGAGUAAUUAACCAGUGCAAGAGGCCCACAUUUUGGUGGACACCAGAGUUUGUGUCUGUUGAACUGUUUAGGGUCCAAAAAUUCCCUAAAACAAGGAACGUUUUUAAAAUGAAAGUUCGAAAGUGACAGCUAAACCUAAGGUCUUGGAAAACUUAAAAAGGUCAUGGAAAAAGUCAUGGAAUUUGAAGAGCUCAAAAGAGUGACCCUGUGUUACUCACUACGAUCAUAACUAUAACAAACUUCUCAAAUCUGAUUGGCUAUCAACUGUCCUGAUUUGAUUAAUGAGCAUGCGCUGAACUGUGAACCUGUCCCUUUAACUGUGUUGUACAUUUACAUGACUGUAUCCUUUUUUUUUUGGCAAAUCUUUGUUUACACUUUUUGCCUCAUUAACAUAUGCUUAUCACUAUCUGAUGAUGCUAAUAAAAUAAAGACUCUGAACAUUGAAAGGGCACAACAGUGUCAGUUAUCUGUGAAAAUUUGUGCCCAAUACACCGAAUGGUUUCGGAGAAAUUCUCUUCUAAACACUCGAAAUUUUACAGAGAAUGUAUGGUUUGCUAACUUUUUUUGCCGCCCAGCAAUUUCACAGUUUUUGAUGGCUGAUAUUUCCUUCAAUAUUGUUUGCAAGGAGCUGCAAAUUGUGCAAAUUGCUCAACUUAAUCAGCUCUUUCAACUUUUGCAUUUACUUCAUAUGUACGGCCACAGCUUCUAUGAGUUAAGUCGUAUGCUAAUGAGGAAAAAUGUGAACAAUGACGUUAGCAACGAUUUGCCUAUAUGACGACCUAUUUCCAACUUCAUUGUCAUUUUUCAGUUUCAUUCCAUUGAAAUAUGUGUAUAAUGACCUAUUUCCAAUUUUACUGUCAUCUUCUAGGUUAUGGUGAUAGAGGAGCUCCUCCUAAGAUUCCUGGUAAGUUUUUUGCUUUGAAUUUUUUAAGAUGAAUAAAAUUAAUAUAUUUAGUUUUUUGCACUUUGAAACAGGACUGAUUAGAGUCCAGUAUAAUUUUUCUGUAAUUGAUAGUGACUAAACAAAGCCAGGUUAGUCGGAUUUGCUCAAACCAGAAGACCCGAAAUGCUUGUGAAUCAAAUGGAGAUGUUUUCAUUAGAUCAAGACUUGAGGGCCUUGGUCCAUGCAUCUCAAUAAUAUAUAUAUAUAUAUCUCUUUUUUCCUUUACAGGUGGAGCUACCCUGAUUUUUGAGGUUGAAUUACUAAAAAUAGAGAGAAAAUCUGAAUUGUAA